GCUCAAGCGUUGCGUUUCGUUUGCCUCCAGCAGCAGCAGCAAAACCCCUGACCAAUCCCACUUCCCAAAACCCAGACCAGUUUGUGUGGACAGCGAUGACGUGCUGAGGUCUCUCUCACUGUGCUUCCCUCUCCACCGCGCUCGCCUGGUGUGCCAAAAACUAUAAACUUAUUAAACAGUUUUCUUCGCGGAAAGCAGACAACCAUCAACAGCCGGAAAAACCGAGGCAGCGUUUCGUGUUCAAGCUAAGGAUUUUAAAGUUGCAACAUGGCCAAACAGGAGAGAAAAGCAAGAUGGUACUUUGGAGGACUGGCGAGCGUAGGCGCCGCUGUAGUCACCCACCCACUCGACCUGAUCAAGGUCACGCUGCAGACGCAACAGGGACACCUGUCGGUGGCCCAGUUGAUCCCGAAACUGGCGCGCGAACAGGGUAUCCUGGUCUUCUACAACGGCCUCUCCGCCUCGAUGCUGCGCCAAAUGACCUAUUCCACGGCCCGCUUUGGGGUCUACGAGGCCGGAAAGGAUUACGUCAAGACGGACACCUUCGCGGGCAAAGUGGCUCUCGCCGGAGCCUCCGGCCUCGUGGGCGGAAUCGUGGGAACGCCGGCGGACAUGGUCAAUGUUCGCAUGCAGAACGACGUGAAACUGCCCGUGGAACAGCGUCGCAACUAUAAGAACGCCUUCGACGGACUGUUCAAGGUGUACCGGCAAGAGGGAUUCGCGCGGCUCUUCUCCGGCGCCACCACAGCGACUGCUCGUGGCAUCCUGAUGACCAUCGGUCAGAUUGCCUUCUACGACCAAACAAAGAUCUACCUGCUGGCCACGCCCUAUUUCCACGACAACCUGAUCACCCACUUCACCGCCUCCCUGGUGGCCGGAACGAUAGCCACCACCCUGACGCAGCCCCUGGAUGUGCUGAAAACGCGGUCGAUGAACGCCAAGCCCGGCGAGUACUCCGGUCUCUGGGACGUGGUGAAGCACACGGCCAAGUUGGGACCGCUCGGCUUCUUCAAGGGCUACGUGCCGGCCUUUGUGCGCCUGGGUCCCCACACGAUCCUCACCUUUGUGUUUCUGGAGCAACUGCGUCUCAACUUUGGCACCACUUCCAGCUAGCCGGGAUCCCGAUGGCACCCAUAACUAGGCAAUAACUCUCCCAUGGCUGGCUGGCAGAUUCCCUUGAGCAAUGCUACAUUCCAGCUGCAAUUCGUUCACAACAGUAUCGAACAUGUGUAAUUAGCUAUAGCCAGUACCAGUUGUUAACAAAGAUGCUUUUAUGCUAGCAAAUUAGUUGUUAUUAGCGUUUCAUGCCCGUGUUUGCUUUUUAUAGUCGACAGUAAAUGGUAACAGUUGUAGUAAAACGGUACACAGAAAGUAGGAUUUUGAAUAUGAAAUAGCAGAUUUAACUCAUAUGACUUCAAUGUUUUUUAAAGAUUAAUGAUUGUUAGGGUAAACAUGUUUAAAAACUAUCGUUAUCACUUCACCAAGGACAGCAAUAUAUUGCCAGUAUAUUGAACAAACUCCAUUUUUUAAGAGCAAUAAGUUGGGUUAUUUUCUUCUUUGAUUUGGUCAUGAAAAGUUUAAGUUAAGCUCGAUCGUACUUCAUUGUCAUUGCCGUGCUGUUAGCAAUUAAGCGUAUUUCGUUAUCAAUGGCUGCUCGUUUCUGCUUUACAUGUUAGGACUGCCAUGCAAUUUACAAAUAAAAAAAACGAAAAUCGAUGGUA